AUGCCCGUACCGGCCUUCGCCGACAUUGGCAAGGCCGCCAACGACCUCAUCAACAAGGACUUCUACCACAUGAGCCAAGCCACCCUCGACGUCAAGCUCAAGGCUCCUAAUGGUACCAACGUCACGGUCAAGGGCAAGCAGGGCUUUGACGGCACAACCAGCGGCUCCAUCGAGGGCAAGCACACUCUCAAGCCUCAGGGCAUCACCGUCACUCAGUCUUGGACCACCGCCUCCCUCCUCGACAGCAAGGUUGAGCUCAACGACAUCGGCGCUCCCGGCGCCAAGAUCGACCUGCAGAACCUGUGGAACCCGAGCAAGGGCAACAGCGCCGUGCAGAAGAUCAACCUCGCCUUCAAGAACCCAAAUGUGCACUCUCGCGCCUUUAUCAACUACGCGCAGGCGAACGGCAACAUCGAUGCCGUCAUCGACGUGGUCGCCGGUCACGAGGGUUUCCUUGUUGGUGGUGAGGCGGCCUACGACGUGCAGAAGGCGGCGGUUACGCGCUACGGUCUCGGCCUCGCGUACCAGACCCCUGCCUACACUGCAUCGCUCCACGGGAUGCAGAACCUGAACAUCAUCGCUGCGUCGUACUACCAGAAGGUCAACAGCGCGGUUGAAGUUGGCGCAAAGGCCGGCUAUGAUGUGCAGGCCCAGAAGGCUAGCGGGCUUGAGUUGGCGUCCAAGUACAAGCUUGACCCGCUCACCUUCGCCAAGGUCAAGGUCAACGACCGUGGCAUCGCGGCGCUCGCCUACAGCACCAAGCUCAACACUGGCACCACCAUUGGUCUUGGUAUCUCCCUUGACACCCAGAAGCUCAAUGAGGCUGGCCACAAGAUUGGCACUUCCCUCACUUUCGAGGGUUGA